CCUUUUAAUGUCCUCUGCUCGUCCUGCCCGGUUUGCAAGAUCGGGUAGUUUCAAGACCGGGGAUCGCUUCGCUCACUAUUCUCUGCAUCUGAACAAUCGAGAAACUCAACAUUCUUCCCACUAAUCCUUUCAUAUCCAGCGUAAUUCCGGAGAGUGGGCCAUGUUCUCGGAAUAUGCCUCACGUUUCCUCGCUCAGUCACAGUCGCGAGUCGCGUCUCGCCCAGACGAGCUACAAAGAACCGGCCGUGCUCCUCCAAACCAGCGGCAAGGCAGCACACGACACCCAUCUUCGCGCUCCUACUUAAGAAGCGGUGACCCAUAUCGACCGGGUGCAUCACAGAUCUCCAACUUCCCCUUUGCAUCUCGAGCAUCGGCUCAACCAGCUCCGUUAUUCUACAGUGCGACCGACGAAUUUCGAGAAGAAGAUGACGAGACCGAGCGGGAACGCGAGAUUGCGGAUUUCUAUGCUCUGCAACGUUCAAGGAGGCAUUUUGGUGAUAGUCACCUGAGAGAAUCUUCAGAGAACGAUGAAGAUUCAAAUCACUCUGUGGAUUUGGAUGAGGGUCAAUCUCGGUAUGAUGAGCGGCCAGGGAAUGGUAAGGGUAUCAAAAGCUCCUGGCGUGGGGAGAAGAGUAUACCUGCUCCCCGACAAUCUCGAAUAGAAACCGUGGUGGAAGGGGUGGAACAAGCAUCCGAGUCCUACUCCAGCCCUGGCAGUAGUCGAGCCAGAGGUAACUUGGUCGACGUGGGGCUGGAGGAUUCCUUUCGAGGGGGACUGGGCGAUACCGACCGCAUGCCGUCUGAGAUGGUUGGCGAUGAACCGCCCAUCCAACGGUUUCGAGAACGACCCUCUGUCAAAGAUGACUCCUUUGGCUUCAAUGAAUCCGACAAUCCUGCCGAGCAGACUCGACCGUUAUUCUCUUCAGAAGCUCCACGACGGCCGAGUUCGACAAGCUCUCUUCCUGCAUCGAUUUCACCUCUAACAUCCGAGACUACCAUGCACGAUGCCUUCUGGGGGCAGCUAUUCCUGAUCGCUCUUGCAGGGCUAUUUGCGACUUCAUUCUUGGUCUACCUGCAUACAUCAACCCCAUCAUCCGGUGACAAGACGCAAUGGGGGGACACCAUCUACUUCACCGUUCAUGGGUCAUACUUCCUGUUAGGGAUUUACACUCUUGUAUCGGUGUUUGUCUCCCUAAUCUGGCUGGCUCUGCUACGGUCCUAUGUGCGCAUUCUGGUCUACAUCGUCGUUGUUGCGGUGCCUAUUAUUCUAUACUCAUUUUCGUUGUACCCUUUCAUCUCGAGCUUCAAGGGUGCAUGGAAUGGGACCAGCUUCCAAGACAGAGUGAUGCGCUGGGGAUCCUUUGUUCCUUUCGUGAUGGCGAGUCUAUGGAUAUACAACGUCCUCCGAGGUCGUCGGGCAAUCGGCAAGGCGAUCGGUGUGCUGGAGUUUGCUUGCCGCAUCCUUGCUGCAAACCCCGAGCUUCUUGCCCUCGGCCUGGUCAUCCUUGCCUGCGUCGUCUCCUGGACGUGGAUCUGGAUGCUCAUGUUCACCCGCGUGUUCCUUGGCGGCCACUUAUCUGGCUCGAGGUCAUUCAUCAUCGAUCUCAGCAGCUGGUGGCUCGGCGUUUACUUCGUGCUGAUCUACCUGUGGUCGAUUGGAGUGAUUGCGGGUGUUCAGCGUGCUGUCACCGCAGCCACAGUCAGCCAAUGGUACUUCCACCGUCUCUCAAGCCCGGCACCUACUUCAAGGCAGAUCGUCCAGGCAGCCGUCAUCCAUGCCACCACCACGUUGUUCGGGACGAUUAGUCUUUCCCGCCUACUAGGGCUUCUCAUUCGUCUACCAAUCCUCCUUCUACCUAACCGACUAUCCUCCAUCAUCAGCCUCUUUGCAUACUCCCUCAUCCCCACUCCCAUUGCGUAUCUCACGAACCCGCUCUCUCUAACCUAUGCCGCGAUCCACUCACAGCCAUUGGGCGCUUCUGCCCGAGGCUUAAGUCAAAUGACCCUCCUAGCACCAUCAGCAGCAUCGACAUCUCUCCAUCCUGGCGCCUAUUCCCGCUCACCAGGGGCAUCAGCAUCUCUCCUCUCCUACCGGCUCUCCAAAUUAAUCCUCCAUGCCACACGCUUCAUGAUGUCUCUAGCCCUCGGUUUCGGUGGCUGGGUCACAACAGCCCGAAGUCUCAACACGAGCGGUACAAUACGGGGCAGUAUGUAUGCCUACGUGGUCGGCCUCAUCGCCGCAACGAUUGGCUGGAGUAUCUUGGGCGCUAUGGAGAGUGUCAUCGCCGACAUCGUGGAUGCCGCUGUGAUAUGCUGGGCAAGUGAAGUCGGUGUGUAUGGACGAGAAGCUCGAUAUUGCCGGGAGGCUGGGUGGUUAUUUGGAGAUUCGAAUUCGGAUUUCCGGCAUGAGUAUGGGGAAGUUUAGCGUUUUUUUCCUUGAUGAUCAUGAUUAUUCUUUUUCUUUGAUGAUUUCCCCUUUGUUCUUUCUUCCUUUGCUGCCUUUUCCCUUCUCUUGAGCGGAUUGACAUUGCCUGGAUUCUCAACGGUAGUAUCUUUACAACAAAAGGACUAUAUCUAUAUAGAAUCACAUUUUCUUGGGAAUUACAU